CCCGAACACUUUGCGAACCGCUGUCCGAAGAAGGCGCAGCAGCCUCAGCAGCCUCAGCAGCCACCGCAGCAGCAGCAGCCCCGUCAGCAGGCACAGAGGCAGCCUAAGCAGCAGCAGCAGAGGGGCAGACAGCAGGCCCGAGUUUACGCCAUCGAUCAGGCAGAGGCCGAGCAGCAGCCAGGUACCAUGUCCGGAAUGGUUGUUCUUAAUAAUGUUCCUGUAUUUGCUUUAUUUGAUACCGGAGCGAGACAUACUUUCAUUUCACGACGAUGUCUUGACGCCAUCGGAGUUCGAGCUACUACCGCUAUCAAUCCUCUCGAGGUGAGUUUGGCCUCGGGACGAAAGAUAGUGACUUCAGCUAAAUCUUCAGAUCUUAGCCUUUCCAUCGAUGGCCGAGUAUUGUCUACCGACGCUUUUGUUCUCGAGAUGAAGGACUUUGACCUUAUUCUCAGAAUGGAUUGGAUAUCCUUUUAUCAUGCGGAUAUCAAAUGUCACGACAGGGAGAUUACUUUUUAUCUUCCAAGAGACGAGUCGAUUACUUUCUUCAGCUCCAGGAACCGUUCUUUACCUCAUGUUGUUUCAAUGGCGAAAGCCACUAAGUUGCUGCGACGAGGCAACUACCAGG